AACACGUCUUGCAGAGUCAGCACUUCUGACCCAUAUAAAUCCCCACCGCCGCAAAAUCUCACUUUCCUCUGGCACGACGUGGAAACAGCAACCGUCUAUUCCCCAGCGAUUAGAGAAAAACAAUCACCAAAAUGUCCACGGCACAACCCAUAUUUUCCAAGGGAGAAGACUGCAAAGCUGGUUGGCACGACGCUAGUGCUGGUUACAAUGAGACCGACACUCAUCUCGAGAUUUUCGGCAAGCCUGUAAUGGAACGUUGGGAAACUCCGUACAUGCACUCGCUGGCAACUAUAGCCUCCUCAAAAGGUGGACGGGUUCUGGAGAUUGGAUUUGGCAUGGCCAUCGCCGCAACUAAAGUCGAGUCCUUCCCCAUUGAGGAGCACUGGAUCAUUGAGUGCAAUGAUGGAGUGUUCGCGAGAUUGCAGGAGUGGGCCAAGGCACAGCCACAUAGAAUUGUGCCCCUCAAAGGACUGUGGGAACAGGUAGUGGGCGGCCUGCCUGACAACCACUUUGAUGGCAUUCUAUACGACACAUACCCUCUGUCUGAAGACACAUGGCACACUCACCAGUUUGACUUCAUCAAGGGCCAUGCCCAUAGGCUGCUGAAGCCCGGUGGUGUCCUCACCUACUGCAACCUAACCUCUUGGGGUGAACUUCUCAAGUCCAAAUAUGACAACAUCGACAACAUGUUCCAGGAGACCCAGAUGCCUCACCUGCUCGAGGCUGGCUUCAAGAGGGAGAAGAUUAGCACCACAACCAUGGAUAUUGUUCCCCCAAGCGAAUGCAAAUACUAUGCCUUCCGCAAGAUGAUUACACCUACCAUUCUGAAAGAGUGAAGUGGCUUGAUGCCACCGUUUUUAUUCCUUUAAUUCUCAAGUGCCUGCAUUUUAAAAGCCACAUUGGUUUACUGUCAAAAAUCCAUAAGCACUCAGCGAUGUCCAUCUUACAAUAAACCAAUUGCAAUAA